GAGGAUGACGCUGCGGGGUUGUGUAUGCGGAAGUGAUGUACGCGGCUUGUGUUUGUAUUUCUGCAGGAGUCUGACGCGUCGGUGAAGCUGCGUGACGGGAUGUCAGGAUGCUGGAGUCCUAUGUUUCUCCUCUCUUGAUGAGUUAUGUGAACCGCUACAUAAAGAACCUGAAGCCGUCGGACCUGCAGCUGUCAUUAUGGGGCGGCGACGUGGUUCUGAGCAAACUGGACCUGAGACUGGACGUGCUGGAGCAGGAGCUCAAGCUGCCCUUCACCUUCCUGAGCGGCCACAUCCACGAGCUGCGCAUCCACGUGCCCUGGACCAAACUGAGCUCGGAGCCUGUGGUCAUCACCAUCAACACCAUGGAGUGCAUCCUCAAGCUCCGGGACGGAGCCUCGGACGAUAAUGAAAGCUGUACAUCGAGUUCGACCAAUCGCAGCGCUUCUGAGAGCUCUAAGGCCGCGUCUAAACCUCGACGGGUGCAGCAGGCCCCCAGCGACCCUGACCUGCCCCCAGGGUACGUGCAGAGCCUGAUCCGGCGAGUGGUGAAUAACGUCAAUAUUGUGGUCAAUAAUCUGAUUCUGAAGUACGUGGAAGACGACAUUGUGCUGUCGGUCAACAUCACCUCUGCGGAGUGCUACACGGUGGACGAUCUGUGGGACCGAGCCUUCAUGGACAUCGUGGCUCCUGAGCUGGUCCUGAGGAAGGUGAUCAAUUUCUCCGACUGCACCGUGUGUUUAGAUAAGCGCAAUGCAAGCGGGAAGAUCGAGUUUUAUCAGGAUCCUCUGCUCUACAAAUGUUCCUUCAGAACUCGACUUCAUUUCACCUACGACAACAUCAACGCCAAGAUCCCCGCCGUUAUUAAAGUUCAUACCAUGGUGGAGAGUCUGAAGCUGUCUCUGACGGACCAGCAGCUGCCCAUGUUCAUCCGGCUGAUGGAGCUGGGCGUAGCGCUGUAUUAUGGAGAAAUGGGCGUCCAUCGAGACGCAGAGAAGGAGGAGAGCGGCUCGCUCCGAGAGAGCGUCUCUGGUCUGAUGGACACCGAUCCGGCUCUGACGGGACAGUACUUCCAGGGCGAGGAUGAAGAUCAAGGCUGGAUGUCAUGGGCCUGGUCCUUCGUUCCAGCCAUCGUGAGCACCGGAGAGGAAGAGGGCGAGGCUGAGGGCGAGUCGGGCUUCUACACGGACACAGCGGAGCCUGGAGCCGCCCGGCCCCUGCAGAGCCCACCCAGGGACCCCGUUGUGUCUGUCGGCUUCUACUGCACCAAAGCCUCCGUCACUUUUAAGCUGACGGAGAGCUGCUCCGAGAGCAGUUACUACAGUCCUCAGAAGGUGAAGUCUCGCGAGGUGCUGAGUGUGGAGCAGGAGGGCAUCACCGUGGAGGCACUGAUGAUGGGAGAGCCCUUCUUCGACUGUCAGGUAGGAGUCGUGGGCUGUCGAGCCGUGUGUCUGAAGGGCAUCAUGGGAGUUCGUGAUUUUGAAGAGAACAUGAACAGAAGAGAGGAGGAUGCCGUGUUCUUCCGCUGCGGAGACACACUGAGUGUUAAGGGCAUGACGUAUCUGACAAACUCACUCUUCGACUACCGCAGCCCGGAGAACAACGGAGUCAGAGCGGAAUUCAUACUGGACGGAAACCUCCACAUGGAGACGUACACCGAGACUGCAGGGCUGCAGCGGUACGGAGCGUUCUACAUGGAUUAUCUCUACACGAUGGAGAACAGCAGCAGAGUUUGCGUGGGGCUGCAGGAUUUCCCUACGCUGCGUAAAGACGAUCCUCCACUGGUGCAGGAGACCUCGGUGAAGAGGAUCGUGGUCGGUCCGUUAGAUCUUCAGCUCCACAGCAGUGCUGUUCACCGCAUCCUGAAGAUGGCCGCUUGCACACUGGACCACGAGUACCAGCCCUACUGCAGACCUCAGUCCGAUGUGGUGGAGGAGUGUGUGUCUGUGCCGCCGGAGCAGGUGUCAGCGCUGGAGGAGUUUAUUCCCAGCCGUCAGACGAGUUUGACUCUGAUGAGAGCGACAGUCACAGUCCCUGCUGCAGAAUACAACCUCCUGCACCUCUUACUUCCUGUUCUAUUGGGACACAAGGUCUCGGCUGCACAGACGUCUGUCCCUCAGUUCCAGCUGCUGCGUCCUCUGCCUGCGCUGCAGAUGCAGUUUGAGCGCAUCACCUUUGAACAUUCAGUGCCGAUGUAUGAACAGGAAGUGACCCGUGCAGCCAGCAGCCUGAACCAGCCCUCAGACACACUUCUGCACCACUGCUACACACACUGCUACCUGAAGGUCUUUGAGCUUCAGGCUGGUCUGACUGUAAUCGACUCAGAGGGGGUGCUUCAGCCGCUCAUUCCCAUAAUUCCUUCUUUCAGUACUGCACUCUAUGGGAAGCAGCUUUGUAUGCCUGCUUACUGGGCGAGGAAGCCGUCGGUGCCGGUGUGUGAGUGUGUGUUCGAGCUCCCUCAGGUGUGUGUGCAGGCGACUCGAGCGCAGGUGCUGCUGCUGCAGAGCAUGUAUCACAGCUGGACACACAGCGUCGGGGGCGGAGCCUGCAUCAGCGACAGCCUUGUUAGCCACGCCUACAAAACUCCAGCAGGUGUGAAGCCGGUGUGUAGCGCUCCUGUGCUGGAGGUGUGUGUUCAGCGUGUGGAGCUGAAGGUGUGUGUGCGGCCGGCGCUGCUGUGUGUUUCUGGGACUCUGGGAGCCGUGAAAGUGUGUGCCAGAACACCGGGUGUGUGUGAGGGCCAGAAGGAGCAGCUGGUUCCUCUGGUCCAGGGCCCGUCGGACACCACAGAUCUUCACACGAGCCGCUGGUUGAGCGGGAGCCGUAAGCCUGCGUCUCUGCUGUCUCCGGAUCUCCUUCAGAUGUCCCUUCAGCUCCCGCAGCACGAGCACGCUCCUAACCCCGGUGCGGUGCUGUUGGUGAGCGUUCAGGGCAUCGCUGUCAAUGUGGAUCCGGUUCUGUCCUCAUGGCUGCUGUUCCAACCUCAGAGAACCAGCGGCAGCAGACAGACACAACAGGUUUCCAUGGUAAUGAAGAAGAGGAGGGAAGAUGAAGCAUCUGUUGGCAGUAUACCACUAACCAAACAACCCAGUAAUCAGGCGUCAGACUACACCAGCAGCCCAGUGAAGACCAAGACUGUGGCAGAGUCUAGACCUCUCUCUGUUCCAGUAAAGGUUUUUCCAUCAUCUGAAGAAUCUCACAUGAGUCCAGAGGAACAUAUGAAGAACCUGAUAACACACACCUGGAAUGCUGUCAAACGCCUCACGCUACAGGUGGAUCUGCAGGCGUGUUGUGUGUUCCUUCCGUCGGACAGUCUCCCGUCUCCCAGCAGACUGGUGUGUGGUGAUAUCCCGGGCACCGUGCGGAGUUGGUAUCACGGUCAGGUGUGUUUUCCGGGGACUCUGGUGCUGUGUCUGCCGCAGGUCAGUGUGUUGAGCGCUGGACACCGGCACAUGGAGCCUCUGCAGGACAUCCCGUUCAUGGUGCCCCGGCCUGUGCUGGAGGAGGGCGAUGCCUUCCCCUGGACGGUGUGUGUGAGUCGGCUGAGUGUCUACUCUCUCCUGGGUCAGCAGCGGUCUCUCAGUGUGCUGGAUCCGGUGGGAUGCACCUCCACGCUGGCCCUCACGGCUCCCAGACUGCAGCCUGAAAGCAAAGACGCCUUCAUCAUGUGUCUUCACGUGGACCUGCAGCCGGUGUACCUCAGGUGCUCCAACCCUCAGGUCCAGCUGGUGUUUGGUUUGUGGUGUCGAUGGAGUCAGAUCUUCAGUGUGUUUGACCGGAUGCAGAGCAGAGGAGCUCAGAGAGCAUCAUUCCCAGAAUCCUCAGCGCCCCCCGCUGGACCCUCCUCGCCCGUCCACAGCAGCGUGGGCACCAUCCCGCCGGACACCAGCACCUACAGCCCCUCCGCUGACCUGGGCUCUCCUACAGAGGGGGACUCAGCACAUACUGAGGACCCAGCAGCUGGUGAGACCAUGACUCUGGAGCAGAAGACCUGCAGCAUCAGUGGAGCCAGCGGAAAACUCAGCAUCUGGAUGCAGUGGAUGCUGCCUAAACUCACACUCCAGCUGUUCUCCAGCGAGCCCAGGAACAACGAGCUGCGUGUGAUAGCAGAGAUGGAGGACAUGAGCGCGUCUGUUGAUGUUCAGGAUGUUUAUACAAAGGUGAAGUGUAAAGUGGGCAGCUUCCACAUAGAUCAUUACAGAAGCAGUGCUGAAGAGAGCCCGUGUGGUGGGGUCAUCCUCUCUUGCACUGAAAAGUUGAACAGACGCACGGUUCUGCUGCGGCCGCUCAGCAAGCAGGAGCCUUACAGCCAUUUCAGCUUCUUUCCACCUACGGCGGCGAAGGCUCUGGAGGUGUCUCAUCAGCAGCACGGGUUCCUGUCGCUGACGUACACUCAGGCCGUGACGAGGAACGUGAGACACAAGCUGACCGCGAGACCAUCUCAGAGACUGUGUGAGGACGGGCCGGACGCGGCUCCUCAGCUCCUUCACGAGAUCCUGCUGACCGCCCAGCCUUUCGACCUGGUGCUGUCCUGCCCUCUGCUGCUGACCGUGGCCCGGGUCUUCCAGGUGUGUGCUCCUCCGUCUCAGCUGCGCUCUCCGAUCCGAGAUCAGCCCGUGAGAACCCACUCGCUGUCCUCCAGCAGCCUGCCGCUCGUCUACCUCAACACCAGCGUCAUCCGCAUCUUCUGCCCCCUGCAGGACACUCCGAGCAGCACACAUUCACAGCUCAAGCACAGGAAGGAAGACACAGUUGUGCUGAAGAUCGGUUCGGUGAGCAUCGCUCCUCAGGCCGACAAUCCACUGCCACGCUCCGUCCUGCGCAAAGACAUCUACCAACGGGCACUGAGUCUGGGCGUUCUGCGUGACCCGGGGUCAGAGGUCGAGGACCGUCAGUAUCAGAUUGACCUGCAGUGCAUCAACAUGGGCACGGCUCACUGGGACGAGCUUCGGCCGGAGCGUGAGGGGUCAGCGGGCGGCUCUCCUGCAGACGGCGAGAGGAGUUCCCAGAAUCCUGCGCUGGAGUGGAACAUGGCCAGCAGCAUCCGCCGGCAGCAGGAGAAGCGAGUGAUCCUGUCUCCGAUCAUCACAGACUUCUCUGUGCGCAUCACAGCAGCUCCAGCUGUAAUUUACCGGAAGCCUCUGUCAGCGGAUCACAGCCCAGCCGAGGAGGUGGUGGUGUGUGGCCACAGUCUGGAGAUGAACGUGACGUCCAGCCUGGAUCUGUUUCUGAGCGCUGACCAGGUCCAGUUACUUCAGCAGCUCCUGCAGGCCAAUGUGAUGCUGAGGAGCACAGACGACACCGCAGCCGAGGUGUGCGGUCAUCAGCUUCAGUCCGCGGUCUCAGUGGAGAGUGUGUGUGGCAGCAGCGCCCCCUGCGGUCAGGACAGUGGCUUCGGCAGCGACAGCGCCCGUCUGCGGAUCGUUCAGCACCGCCUCGCCCGGCCGUCGCAGCAGCCCACCAUCACCAAGAACCUCAGCUUCAUCCCGUUCGACGUGUUCCUGACCGCCGGGCGCAUCUCUCUCAUGACGUACUCGACCUCGGCCGCCUCCAGACCCCCCUCAGAGCCCCCGGAGGACCAGACGCUUCGGCCCGGGGCUCUGUCCUCGCUGACCGCAGAGGAUCUGCUCAACGCAAACGCUGUGGACGGGGCUCCGGGGGUCCUGGGGGCCCGCUCUUCCGCUCGACAGGCUCUGGGCGUGACGGUGGUGAGGCAGCCGGGCCGGAGAGGAGAUAAAGACUGCAGUCUCCAGCCGCUGCUGUUCCUGCAGGUCACUCAGCCGUCCGUCUUAACCAGCUGCCACCACCGCAAACAGAGGCUGGAGCUGUCUCUGUUCGACCUCGCGCUGAAGGGAGUCUCCACCAACUACAGGAGUCUGGACGCAGGGAAGUCUCUUCCGGAGGCGCUGGACUACAGUGUGUUUUGGCUGCAGACGGUGGCAGGAGAGGUCGACAGCCGGACAGGAAUCCCCCCGCCGCUGCUGUCUGUGUCCAUCAGAGACUUCCUGUCUGGACCAGCUCUGAAGGUGGACAUCAGUCGGCCGGUGAGGGUCAGUCCCACCCUGGCUAAGAUUGAGCAGGCGAAGGUCUUCUGGAAGAAGCUCUUUCCUGAGACUGAAGGCGAGGCCCAUCCCAGAACCCCCACAGGCUCCGCCCCCCACUGUAGCGAGGCUCCGCCCACCUCUGAGCUGCUGCUCUCUCUUCAGUCGGCAGUACCUUUCCACAAGAUCUCGCUGCCGGUGCAGAUGGUGUUCGGUGUGGAGAUGGAGGGUCAGGCGCGGCCCAGUCUGACUCUGUCUGUGUCGGCCCUGACGAGCUCGCUGACACUGAAGAGCGCCGCCAAACACGCAGAUGGUUUUAAGGAGGUCUGUGUGUCGGUGCAGUGUGAGGACGUGCUGCUGCGGACGGGUCUGAAGGACAGAAGCUCGGUGUUUGUGGGUCCAUUCUCCUGCAGUGCAGAGCUAGAGGCUCAUUGGUGCAGACACAGCGGAAGCUCCGCCCCCGACUCACCUGGACCGCCCAGAGUGUUGAUUGACAUGAAGGGAGGCCUGCUGCAGGUGUUUUGGGGGCAGCAGCAGUUUAACUGUUUGUCUGAGGUUCAAGAACAGCUACAGAACUACUGGAAUCAGAUGAGCAGAACAGAGGCGGAGUCUAACAAGAAGCCCCUCCUCUCUCCACCGCCACCCACCCCUCACCCUACCCAAUCAGAACACUCCUCUGAUGAUCUGCGCACAGGCAUCUUCCAGUACAUACAGGACUCAGCGUGUCAGAAGCUGCCGUCUCCUCAUGAGGUGGUGUUUUGGAGGGAGACGGAUGAGUCUCCAGGUGUGAUGCUGUGGAGGUAUCCUGAACCUCGCGUGAUCACCUUCCUGAGGAUCACACCGGUUCCCUUUAACACCACUGAUGACCCGGACAUCAGUACAGCUGACCUCGGGGACGUGCUGCAGGUGCUCUGCAGUCUGGAGUUCUGGGAGGAGUUGCAGCGGGCAUUUGUGCCUUAUAGAGAGUUCAGCCUAUCAGAGAGCAGCGUGUGUGAACUGACCCUGCCCACUCUGACCCCCGAAACACGCCAGACUGACCUGGUGACCUCUGACCUCUGGAGAGUGGUGCUCAACAGCACCAGUGAGGGUGGAGACGAGAGUUCGGACAGUGAAUCAGGUUCUCAGGUGCCCUGUGAGCAGCUGGUGUGUCCCACCGCUCUGGCCGCAUGUACUCGUGUGGACUCGUGUUUCGCUCCAUGGUUUGUUCCUUCAGUGGGUGUCUCAAUACGACUGGCGUACCUGGAGCUGCACUUCUGUCACAACCUGGAUCAGCUGGGCACAGCACCGUGCCAGAAACUCCGACCCUUCCUCCCAGACAGGAAGUCUCCUCAGGAUCAGGAGUUUGCGGUGGUGUGUGUGCGCGAGCCGUGUGUGUUUGUGCGUCAGUGGAGUGACGUGAUGCAGUGCUGUCAUGAGCUCAGCUUCUCGUCCACGCUGAGCUGCAGACUGCUGGAGUACCGUAACCUCACGUACCUGUCUGUCCUUCAGCCCGUCAGCCUGCGAGGCAGCGCAACACACACACACACACACACGCGCCGCACGCUGCACUGCGACACCACUCUGCAGCCGCUGCACGCCGCCGCCGGCCAGUACACCGUCCACACGCUGGACCGAGCGCUGCAGGCCUGGACUCAGAAUGGUGUUUCGGAUGCGGAGGAAGUGGUUUUCAGUCAUUACGUUAUCUGUAACGACACGCAGGAAGUCCUUCGGUUCGGACAGGUGGAUACAGAUGAGAACAUCCUGCUGCAGAGCAACCAGAGUCACCAGUACAGCUGGAGAACCCACAAAUCCCCACAGCUGCUACACAUCUGUAUGGAGGGCUGGGGGAACUGGCGCUGGGCCGAACCCUUCAGUGUCGACGACGCAGGGACCUUACUGAGAACCAUCCAGCAUAGAGGACAGACAGCCACGCUCAUCAUCAGAGUCAAGCAGAUCACCGGAGUCCAGAAACAAGUGAUCAUCUGUGGCAGGCAGGUGGUGUGUAGUUUCCUGCAUCAGAGCAUCGAGCUGCGUCUGGUCCAGCACUGCUCGGGUCAGGAGGGUCAGCCGGAGCUGCGUGAGCGUGUGGCCCGUCUGGAGCCGGACAGUAAGCUGUCCUCGUUUGUGCUGGAGGACGUGGAGCUGACGGAGCUGUGUGUGCGCGGCUGUGGAGAGGACGCCUGGUCUCAGGACGUGUGUCUGGAUCACAGCGACACACACAGCAGCUCGGUGCUGCAGGUGCCAUGUUCUAAUGGAUCACUGCUGCAUGUCUGGUGCACACGAAUCCUGCUGGAGCCAAACACACACAUGCAGCAGAGAGUGGUUGUGUUCAGUCCUCUCUUCAUGAUGUGGAGUCACCUGCCGGAUCCGGUUCUGGUUCAUGUGGAGAAGAGGAGUCUGGGACACAGAGACACACAGCUCAUUCACGGCCGCGGCCACCAGGAGGCACUGCUGAACGUAGAAGAAGAUCUGACACACCACCUCACCUUCCAGGCCAGGGAGGAAGAGGACGCGUCUCAGUGUGCAGUACCUGUGUCCACUGCUGUGAUCAAACAGAUCCUGAGCAGAGCAGCACCAGAACAGAACCAGAACCAGCAGGAUAUUCUCGAGCACUUCUACGGAGAGAAGACGUCCAGCGGUCCAGCGUGGCCCUACAGCAGCCGACAGACGGACAGGUGUGCGGGGGAGUCUGUGGCGCAGUGGGACAGUCCGAUGCAGGUGCGUCUGAGCGCGUGGCGUCCGGGUCUGAACACACUGCUGGUGGAGCUGCUGCCGUGGGCUCUUCUGGUGAACCGCUCUCACUGGGACCUCUGGAUGUUUGAGGCAGAGAGCAUCGUAGUGCAGAUACCAGCCGGAAAAACCAUCAUACCACCCAACCUUAAGGAUGCGUUCCAGAUCGGCAUCUACUGGCCGCACACUAACACGGUUCACAAGUCUCCUGCCGUGCGAUUGGUUCAUGAUGUGUCGUCGCCGAGGUGGCCGGAGGGGGGCGGAGCAGACGUCCUGCUGCUGGACGAGGAGGGAUACAUACACACAGACAUCACACUCGGAACACAGCCGGGAAAACUCAAGCUCUGUCAGUUUUGUGUGUCGUCUUCAGUGAAAUACGGGAUUCAGGUUUUGCAGAUUGAGGAUAAAACUGUCCUGGUGAACAACACCACACACACUGUCAAGUGUACUGGUGUGAUCUCACAACACACAACCACACCUGAGCAGGCCACACACGUCCCUGAGUCGUCCAGCUUCAGUCUGGGCCCCGCGGGUGCGGCUGGAGAUCAGGUGUGCGCUGCGGUGCCGUGUUGGGACGUCCAGCGGGACGGUCAGACAGCAGAGGACUCGUCGAAGCAGCUGCUGCUGAGUUUAGAGAGUGCAGAGGCACAGUGGAGUCCUCCGGCUCCGGUGAGGACAGAUUUCCCCAGACAGAGCGUCUCUGUGCCGGUGGAGCCGGACGCCGACUGGCCCUUCAACACCAGGCCUCUAGUUCUGACCUGUCAGGAGCAUCUGGGUGUCACGUAUCUGACAGUGAGUGAAGAUCAGUGUCCACGCAUGCUGAUUCACAACCGCUGCCCCAAGAGCCUCUUACUGAAAGAGAACGCCAAGGAGUCGGAGAGGUCGGAGGAGUUCACCCGGACGGUUCCUGCUCUCUCGUCUGUCCAUCACGAGUUGUUUCUUCAGGCCUCCAGCUUCCCUGAGUGCAGACAGAAAGAGACGCUGCCCACCCUGCAGCUGUGCAUCAUCACGGCCACACCCCCCGGCCACUUGGACACGCCCCCCUCGCCAGGCUGGACUGACCCCAUCGAUAUCAGCAGUCCUGGAACACAGGUUGUUUUUCUUCUUGGUUUCGGCUGUUUGUACAUCGACGUUCUUCACCAGAGCGGCACCAUCACGCUAACGCUAGCACCUGAGAGCAGCGCGGAAGACAUCGUCACACACUACAGGCCGUCCAAUCAGACGCUGUCCUUCAGGAUUCUUCUGAACGAGGCGAGCGUGGCGCUCUGUGAUGACAUCACCAGCCCGUUCAGUUCUGUGGAGCUGCUGCGUCUGACCGUGUCCAGACUGCUGCUCCAGCUGCCGCCCGGCGAGCCCUCGUCCGUCCACACCGUCCAGAUCCGCUGCGGCGGCCUGCAGGUGGACAACCAGCUGUACGAGCGUGCCAGCUUCCACUUCCCGGUCAUUCUGUGCCAGGAGCCUCAGAGUGACGCUGACUUCCUGUCCCUGAGCGUCACCGUGUCCUCAGACGGACGUCUGGACAGCCUCGCCCUCCACGUCCGGCCGGCACGCGUCUAUCUGGAGGACACCUUCAUCUACUACAUGAAGACGCUUUUCCACACCUACAUCCCUGAAUCCCUGGGUGGGAGGAGCUGCGGCGGAGGGGCGGAGCCUGUUGUUCCCAGAGAGGUGCUGGAGUCAAGCCGAGCUCUGGUGACCCCGGUGCUGCUGCAGAAGCUGUCCAUCGAGCCGCUUCACCUGCUGGUCAGCAUCCACGCCUCGCUCAAGCUCUACAUCGCCUCUGACCACACACCCCUGUCCUUCUCUGUGUUUGAGCGCAGCCCCGUCUGUACCACGCCUAGACAGCUGGUGCACACACUCGCCAUGCACUACGCUGCUGGAGCACUCUUCAGAGCAGGUUGGGUCGUGGGCUCUCUGGAGAUCCUGGGCAGUCCGGCCAGUCUGGUGCGGAGUAUCGGGAAUGGCGUGUCGGAUUUCUUCCGCUUGCCAUACGAGGGUUUAACUCGUGGACCGGGAGCCUUCAUCAGCGGCGUCUCUAGAGGAACAAACUCCUUCAUCAAACACAUCUCUAAAGGAACACUGACGUCCAUCACGAAUCUGGCCACGAGUCUGGCGCGGAACAUGGACCGCCUGUCGCUGGACGACGAGCAUUACAUGAGACAAGAGGAGUGGAGGAGACAGUUACCUGAGAAUCUGGGAGACGGACUGAGACAAGGCCUUUCGAGACUCGGCAUCAGCCUGCUGGGAGCGAUCGCAGGGAUCGUGGAUCAGCCCAUGCAGACGUUCACACGGACUCUGGAGUUGCCGAGCUCGGCAAGCAGCGCGGCCCGUGGCGUGAUCUCAGGAGUGGGGAAAGGCAUUGUGGGAGUUUUCACUAAGCCCAUCGGAGGAGCGGCUGAGCUGGUGUCACAGACUGGAUACGGUCUGCUACACGGCGCUGGUCUCUGGCAGCUUCCCAAACAGCUGCACCUGCCGACCGACACCAGAUCAGCCGAUGCUUCUAACAGUCACGUCAAAUAUGUCUGGAAGAUGCUGCAGUCUCUGGGCCGUCCGGAGCUGCACAUGGCUCUAGAUGUGCGUAUAGUGAGCGGAUCUGGGCAGGAACACGCCGGCUGUCUGCUGCUGAGUGGAGAGGUUCUGUUCGUCGUCAGUGUGUGUGAAGACGCUCAGCAGCAGGCCUUUCCCAUCACUGAGAUCCAGUGUGAACACGACACACACACACCUGGACGCAUCACACUCACACUGCAGCAGCACAGAGUGACCAGUGACACUGAGGUGGACGGGGCUCGUGAACGUCUCUCUGAGCUGCAGUACAGUCGUCUGGUGGAUUUUGUGACCGGAGCAUCUCAGUAUUUGUCUCCAUCUCUGUCGUCCCUCCAUCAGCAGGCGACCAUCACUCCGGCCGAGCCUCCGCCCAGCGUCUCCAAAACAUACCAGUAUCACGCCGAGCCCGCCUUCACACGCGUGUUUAUUUGCAAGUUCAACAUGGUGAAGAACAAAGCGCUGCGGAUCGGCUUCCACUAACACUCCGUCGUCAUGUUUGUGUUAUUUAACAAGAGUAAAAGACUUAAUUAUCGUGGAGGACGUCACUACAUUGAUCAGCUGCUUCUGUAUAAUGUGAUGCUUUAAACCAAAAGGCCUUUCGUUUUGUAUUUUUAUAAGCAAUGCAAGAAAGAAUAUCAAAUGUUUUUAUUUCUUUUCCUCCUUUAUUCAGUGUCACUAUAUAAUGAAUCUGUUUUUUGUUAAUAAAAUAUAAGAUUUGCUAAA